AUGGACCACGCCGACUCACCACUCGACGAAUCACCCUCCCCGUCGCCCAGUUCCCACACCUCUGAACUGUCUGGUCCCCCCCGCAAACGUGCCCGCUCUGAUGUUACACCAGAAGAGCGCAGGGAAGCACGCGCACACCGCAACCGCAUCGCUGCCCAGAACUCCCGCGACCGCCGUAAGGCGCAGUUCUCGUACCUCGAGCAACGGGUCUCCGAGCUCGAGGAGGAGAACAGGCAGCUGCGUGCCGGCAUGGGUCUCACCGCACCACCACACCAUUCCCACGAGCAGAAAGAUGAAGAGCGCGAGAAGGACAGGGCUAGAGAAAGGGAGAACGAGGAACUCCGACAGCGGGUCAAGACCCUCGAAGCAGGGUGGGAGGCCGUUAUGAAGGCGCUUGCCGCCUCGGGCCUUCCCCUGGACCUUGCCGCUGUCCCACCACCAAGUUCCUCCGUUCCCUCCUCGAACCCCUCCGCGCCCGUUACGUUAGGUCAACCCUCCACGUCUACACUCCCCGUAUUCGUGCCCCCCACCCCCAUAUCACCCGCACCCUCCACCUCCUCGAGCUCCAGUACUCUCUUUGAUUCUGAUGACUUCGAUUCCACUCGCCACCUAGCACGGGUGGCGACCACCGAUGCCCCUCCAGCGGGUGGAUCUGAACGUUCGUCGAAUCGCCUCCAGCUGGAGCUCAAUAUCCCCCACACCUCAUCAUACCCGCCGAUCAUCAACAUUGGUGAGGCAGCCCCCACAACGGCGGACGAAGUCGCCAUGGACGAUCUCUUCCGUGAAAUCCUCGCGACUUCCCCCGUCACGCCGCAGGCUCCUCUGCCUCCUGUCUCAGCCGCCCUCACGCCGCGGUCCCCAGCCCAGUCGGUGUCCGAAAUCAAACUCUCCCCCGCGCCCUCCGCCAGCGCCCCCGCGGCGUCAAUGAUGCCCGCGUUGCCGGAGAUCGACUGGGAGAGCGAGGUAGAGAUGCAGAGAUUGCUGGCCAUGCUCCCUAUGGUUCAGCAGGACGCAACCCUUUCGGAUGCCGGCGCGACCGCGGGCGACUUCCCUUCGGCUCUCGACCUCGAGCUGUCGGGAUGGGACUUGUCGGGCGCGCUCAGCGUACCGGCCAGUUCCUCGUCCGUGAGCGUCUUCUAG